AUGGGGAACAGACAGAGCAGCUAUAAGGUCACAAAAUUUGCACGAAAGACGCCGCUGGUUGUCAGUGACUAUCGAAUUAAGAAAUUUGAAUCUUAUUUCAACUUCCUCGACACUAACAAUGAUGGGGUCAUAGGUAAGGAAGAUCACGAAUUGGCGGCUAAGAAUAUGACAGCGCUCUCUAGUGGCAAUGUUGCUGAUGCUGAGAGUUUGAUAGCAACUUUGAUGACUUGGUGGGGAGUGCAAGGCACUGAAGAUGAAGAGGAUGCCGAGAUUACGGUAGCAGAGGCUGGUCAGCGCAUUGCGACCUACUGUAGGAGGACAGAUCCUGAAAUAGCCGAAAAGCAGACUCGUUCAACGUAUGAUAGAACAUUUGACUUCAUCGACUGGAACAAAGAUGGCGUUAUUUCUCAGGAGGAGCUGAUGAACUAUUACAAGUCGUACGGAGUAUUCGACGAAGAUUUCAUCACGGAGGUUUUCGAAAUGAUCGACGUCAGCGGUAAUGGCGUCAUUUCACGUGAAGAUUUUGUCGACGCGCAUGUUGCUUUCUGGUACAACGAUGAUCCUAAGAAUGGAUUUCACGUCCUGUAUGAUGUGCCCAAAGGGCUCCUGCUGUGA